UUGACUCAUUAUUAAAUACAAUAGCAAAUAAUGGACGCAUAUGAACUUUUUCGAAAGCUUUCCAAUGGUGUAAAGUUUGAUAAAAGACGUUUUCAAGCUGAUGCGGAAAGAUUUCAGCUCGUCAAGAAACAACCUGGAAAUAUACUUAAUAACGAAGAGAAAUGCAUUAAAACGUUCGAUAACAUAAAUUACUCGACACUGCGCAAAAAAAGGAAACAUGAUGAAAUUGAGAAAGAAACAGAAAAUAUUAAUGAAUUGAUAUUACUUAAUGAUAUGUCUAUCUCUAAAAAUAGAAAUAAUAUAAAAAAGAAGUAUAAAGAAACAUCUUUAACCGAAGAUAAACUGUUAAAAUUAGAACGAGAAAAGAUUAAUCAAUUUCGUAAUCAACAUCGUAUAAAAGUCACAGGCAGUCGUAUACCUGAACCAAUUUCUGAAUUUAUGAAAUUAUCAACAACUUACGGAAUACCAGACAAAUUACUAAAUAAUAUUAUAAAUUGUGGUUAUGUUCAUCCUACACCAAUUCAAAUGCAAGCUAUACCUGCUCUGUUACAAGGUAGACAAAUACUAGCUUGUGCACCAACAGGAUCGGGAAAAACAGCUGCAUUUUUGUUACCCAUAAUUCAUAAUUUGGCUGGACCACAAAAGAAAGGAUUCAGAGCUAUUAUUUUAAAUCCAACUAGAGAAUUAGCAAAACAAACAUAUAGAGAAUGUUUGCACCUUAGUGAAGGAUAUAAUUUUAGAGUACAUAUUAUAAGUAAAAUAAAUCAAGCAUUAAAUAAAUAUGGACCUAAAAGUUCACAAAAAUUUGAUAUAUUAAUUACUACACCAAAAAGAAUAAUAUUUCUAUUAAAUCAAGAUCCACCAGCUAUUUCUUUUAGCAAUGUUGAAUGGCUAAUUGUGGAUGAAGCAGAUAAACUUUUUGAAGAUGGAACCAGAUCAUUUAGAGAUCAAUUGGAAAUAAUUUCAAAAGCAUGCACAAAUGAAAAAUUAAAUAAAGCAAUGUUUAGUGCGACUAGCACUCCUACAGUAAUCAAAUGGUGUCGACGAAAUUUGAAAGGUCUUAUAACGGUUACAGUUGGCCACAGAAAUGCUGCAACCGAUUUAGUAGAACAAGAACUUUUAUUCGUUGGUGCAGAGAGAGGGAAACUUGUAGCGUUUAGAAAUACUAUUCAAAAGGGAGUAUUGCCGCCUGUGUUGGUAUUUGUACAAAGCAAAGAAAGAGCACAAGAAUUAUUUAAUGAGCUCAUAUAUGACGGAAUUAAUGUUGAUGUUAUUCACGCCGAUAGAACACAAACGCAGCGAGACAAUGUUAUUCGUUGUUUUAGAGAAGGAAAAAUAUGGAUUUUAAUUUGUACAGAAUUAAUGGCAAGAGGUAUUGACUUUAAAGGUGUAAAUCUUGUUAUUAAUUACGAUUUCCCACCGUCUGCUAUUUCUUAUGUUCACAGAAUUGGUCGUACCGGUAGAGCUGGUCGUAAAGGAAAAGCAAUUACCUUUUUUACUGAACAAGAUACUACAAAUCUAAGGAGUAUAGCUACUAUUAUGCGAGAAUCUGGUUGCGAUAUUCCUGACUAUAUGUUAGCUGUGAAAAAACAUAGUAAAAAAGAAAGAAGAAAACUCGAACGCUCAGCUCCUACUAGAGAAAAAAUAUCUACCAUACCAACGUUCAAACGUGUACAUAAUAAGGAAAAGAUAAGAAAGGUUGCUGUAAACACUUUAGAAAACAAACAUGAAUUAGAAGGUGAAGAAAAUGAAGAUAAAAGAAUGGAUAAGGAAAAUAGAAAAAGCGAUGGAAAUAAAGGA